AUGUCGGCUUUCAUUUCUGUUUCACCAAGAUCUACUACCACUACUACUACCACUAGCAUCCACAAUAAUAAUUACAAUAGAAGUCUAGCAAAUAAUAGAAAGAUAUAUAAUUAUAGAUUUGCAAGAAACCACACAUCCACAGAUUGUAAGAACAUUCCAGAAGAUUGCAUCAUGUCACAAGAUCCACAACAACAUCCCUUUCCAGACACUGAUAAAGAACCAAGACAGGUCGCCCCCAUUCAUUCUCAGUUGACAGCACAAAUUAAUAGAUCAUCCGCUUUAAAUAAUACCAAACCAAAAUCACAUCUUAAUAUAGAAGAUAGAUCAAGUUCAACUGAAAGUACUACCAGUACUUCUUCAGAAUCUUCUUCAAAUGGUUCUCAAAUAUUAAUGAAACCUAUUCAUCAAGCAAUUUCCACCAAUUCACAAACUGCACCUCACCCAAUCCUACAACCACUGCCAUACCAUCUAGCCUCACUCAACACAAACCAUCACAAUAACCAUUAUCACAACAAUAACAAUAAUAAUACAACUCCCACAACAAGUUCAUAUCGUCGUAAACAUAGUAUCAAGAAAUUUUCUACCGCUAGAACAAGUACUUCUUCAAGUAUGAGUAGUUCACCAAAUUUCUUAGAUCGUGAAGAACCAAAAAUUCAUUCAAAAUUAUAUUGUGAAGAAGUAAACCCGCUCAAACAAUUCACAUCUCCAACAUCUUCCAAGAAUCCAGCUAAAGAAGCUUUAUGUAAACUAAGUUCUGAUGAUUUGCGUUCAGUUCGAUCUCAUACUGAAUUGGCAGAAACUGCAAAUGGGGUUAGAAUGUUAGCCAAGAAUUUAUUAAAAGCUACUAUUCAAUUAGAUGUUAAAGCAAUUAUGAUUGUUACAAAAGCAAGAGAUAAUUCAUUAAUUUAUUUAACAAGAGAAAUUGUGGAAUGGUUAUUAAGUAAAAACAGAGAUAUAACAGUAUAUGUUGAUGCCAAAUUACAAAAUUCCAAACGAUUCAAUACUCCCGAUAUUAUCAAUAAAUUCCCCAAAGCUAGCACUUUUUUAAAUUUUUGGACCAAAAAACUCGCAUUAAGAUCUCCGGAAAUAUUCGAUCUAGUAGUCACAUUAGGUGGGGAUGGUACUGUCCUCUACGUCUCCAAUCUAUUCCAACGAGUCGUCCCGCCAGUCAUUUCAUUCGCUUUGGGGUCGCUUGGAUUCCUUACCAAUUUCCAAUUUGACGAAUUCAGAGAACGAAUGACCCAUUGUAUCGAAGCAGGAGUCAAAGCCAACCUUCGGAUGAGAUUCACUUGUCGUGUUCAUGACGCCCUGGGGAAACUUAUUUGUGAACAACAAGUCCUAAAUGAAUUAGUCGUCGACCGAGGUCCUUCGCCCUAUGUCACCAAUUUGGAAUUAUUUGGAGAUGGAUCACUCUUGACGGUAGCACAAGCUGAUGGAUUAAUCAUUGCUACUCCAACGGGAUCAACUGCCUAUUCUUUAUCUGCUGGUGGAUCACUCGUUCAUCCUGGUGUGAGUGCCAUUAGUGUCACUCCAAUUUGUCCGCAUACUUUAUCAUUCAGACCGAUUUUAUUACCCGAUGGGAUGUUUUUGAAGGUGAAAGUCCCCGAUACUAGUCGUUCUACAGCUUGGGCGUCAUUUGAUGGGAAAGUAAGGACAGAAUUACAUAAGGGGUAUUAUGUCACGAUUCAAGCUUCACCAUUCCCAUUCCCAACGGUAACUUCAUCAAAAACUGAAUAUAUCGAUUCGGUUAGUCGGAAUUUACAUUGGAAUGUUAGAGAAGCUCAAAAACCGUUUAGUUCUUAUCUUACACCUGAGAAUCAAAAAAUGUUAAGACAAAGUUCAAAUACUUUACCUGAAUUGGAUAAUUUACAUAUUGAAGAAAAAUAUGAUAUAAAUUAUAGUGAAGAUGAAAACGAGGAUGAUAAUGAUGAUGAUCAAGAGGUAACACCAGGUGUGAAUCAGAAUGAGAAUACUACUAGUAAUUCUACAAGUGAGGAAGAAGGGGAUGUUGAAUAUUAUAUCCCACCUGGAGAUGGGAUCCUGACACCGAUGAAUAUGAGUUAUAAUUCGGUGGAUGAUCGUUGUUGUUAUGCGCAUCCCCAUGCACGUAUUCAUUUGAAUGGACAGAGAUAUUAG